CUGGGAAUAGCACAUGAAAAACGCGUUCGGUCGAGCAAGUUCAUUUUGACGCUGUGCCAUCGAAAUUGUUUAGAAGCUUUGUCGAGAUUUAACGCUGUGUGUUAAGAUGUCCAGAGGUCAGUACCACAAAGUGUAUGUUGGAGGACUUGGAGAAGAAGGAAGAAAAGAAGAAAUAGAAAAAGAGUUUGAGAAAUUUGGACCACUUCACGAUGUUUGGGUGGCCCGUAAUCCUCCUGGCUUUGCUUUUGUGGAAUUUGAAGAUCUGCGUGAUGCAGAAGAUGCCAUCAAGGCCCUAGACGGGAAAACCAUCUGUGGAAUGGAAGUUAGAGUAGAAAUGUCCCGACAUCGUGGAGGUCGUGGCCGAGGUGGUGGUGGUGGCGGAGGUUACCGUGGUGACCGCUAUGGUGGUGGGCGACGCGAUGACAGAUAUGAUCGCUAUGAUAACAGAUCAAGAUCACCUUAUAGGUCACCACCACGCAGGAGGGGACGGUCUCCUGAUCAGGACAGGUGGCAGUCAAGAGGGGGACGAAGCCGAUCUCGUAGCCCACGGCGUUUCAUGUCCAGAGGUCAGUACCACAAAGUGUAUGUUGGAGGACUUGGAGAAGAAGGAAGAAAAGAAGAAAUAGAAAAAGAGUUUGAGAAAUUUGGACCACUUCACGAUGUUUGGGUGGCCCGUAAUCCUCCUGGCUUUGCUUUUGUGGAAUUUGAAGAUCUGCGUGAUGCAGAAGAUGCCAUCAAGGCCCUAGACGGGAAAACCAUCUGUGGAAUGGAAGUUAGAGUAGAAAUGUCCCGACAUCGUGGAGGUCGUGGCCGAGGUGGUGGUGGUGGCGGAGGUUACCGUGGUGACCGCUAUGGUGGUGGGCGACGCGAUGACAGAUAUGAUCGCUAUGAUAACAGAUCAAGAUCACCUUAUAGGUCACCACCACGCAGGAGGGGACGGUCUCCUGAUCAGGACAGGUGGCAGUCAAGAGGGGGACGAAGCCGAUCUCGUAGCCCACGGCGUUUCUAAGCGACUUGUCACCAACAAGAUUUUCCCAGAGCUGAGGAAUUCUACAUCACUGUGAAGAAAUGCUUUUGCUCACAGAUGAGCGGCUUUGAACUUGUCAUGUUGAUGCUCCUGAGUUGUUUUUAAAUUUAAAGUUAAUUAAUGUUUUUCUUCUGUAGUCUAUAGUUUGAAACAUAUCAACAUUAUGAUUUGUAUCAAUUUUUAUGCAGCUGUAAGUGAUAAGUAAUAAUCAUAGCCUAGGAUGUCAUUUAAAUUCCUCCCAUUGUCCUUUAAAAAGUGUUUGAUUUUUUCAAUGGGGAGAAUUUGCUUUUCGAUGAGCAUUGAAAAACCUUGUGUUCAUUGUAACAGAAUUUUUACUUCUUGAUAAGUUCACUGCGUACAUUUAUUAUUUUAUCAGUUCUUCUCAGACAUGUUAUCUCCUAGAAAAGGAUGUUCUGAAAAUGUUGUGAUUAACUUUUCAGCAAAAGUAAUAGUAUUUGUCGAAAAGGUCCAAAAUUUUUGUGUGUAUUUGCCUUUUUCACCAAUAUCUGUUAUGCAUUUUAGAUUUAACUGUGCUGUGUAACUUGUGAAGCUUGAGAAAUAAAACUGUUGACAGUGUGA